CAGUGCAGUUUUUCCAUCCCGUCUGAACCAAUGGAAUCAGAAGUUGAUUCAAAAUAGUUGCUCGUUUAUUACUUCCGCUUUUGUAAGAGAAUGACACAGAUAGGUCGGUAGAGGUAGAGCCAGACUGUUCCAGAAUGGUCGGAAUUAUAAGCUUUCAAAAGAAGAGAGAAAAUGAAAGAGGAGGGAUCUUGGAUAGUCCCCUCUCUCCCCCACAGGUACGUUUUCACCCCGAGGCGUCGUAUACUUGUGACGAGCUCCAGCCGGUAGCGAAUAUCCCAGGGUUGGCUCCGGAGCGGAAAUUCAGUUGUCAUUUUCACCUGCAACAGACGAGCAGCUUCUUUGUGUUUUCCCCUAAAACACAAGGGCAGACAAAAGAAAGAGCCAAUUGACGUUUAUUUGGAGGGCAAGCGCUUCUAUACCUCGUUUGAAUCGACAGUGCUUGUUUGUUUUGAUCACCACAACAUUUGUGUGUACAUUGUGCGUCCCAACUUUGAAAAAUAGUUUCGAUCCCGUGGCAUGGCGAACUGAAAAGAAACGAGACGAUUCCGGUGUUGCUCCGCCUCAACAAACGAUCGAUGGAUCCGACUUGUCAUUGAAGAGAAACAGUCUCUUUAGUAUUUGAUCAAUUGAAAGAAAGAAUAAGCGUUCCAGAGUCUAAGUGGGACGGUGCUGCGCUGGUCGCCACUGUCUGCCAAUUUCACGAGAUCAUGAACUUGUACAAACGCGGUUUGAUCUUUGCUACUUUUCUCGGCUGUUCCCUGUCGGCAGCUUUCCUGGCCGCCUCCAUCAGUACUGAUUCAUGGGUGUACGCAGAUGUCAAGCGUGUGACUAACCCGUACGAGUCUGACGGCCAUGUGUUUUUCGGUCUCUUCAAAGGCAAAAGAGAACUCAACGUCGGUUACGGAUGGAGAACUUAUCCAGUAUCAGUCAUAGAAAACUUCAGUGGCGAGUCAGACUUUCUGAAUUUUGGCCUAUGGGUCACAACCGUGACGUGCGUCAGUGGGGCGAUUGUGUUCGCCGUAAUUGGAGCUCUGAUGGCCAUUGUGAAUACGACGUUGACACCUGUUGAGACCAUUGCCGGACGAACCGGACUCUUUCUUUGGAACAGUCUUUCAAUCGUGUUUUCGGUGACCGCAAUGGUGGCCUGGAUCGUCCAGUUUCACCUUCGUCUCCGUUCCAACGUUCUGGUACAAGAAGACCGGGAUAAUCACUGGACUUCUGAAGGGAGAGCCUAUCUCGGGUAUUCGUUCUGGUUCGUUAUCGGGUCGGCUCUAAGUCACGUGGCCAAUAUCAUCUUGCUGGUUCUUGUCAAUGCGGAUGAACGCCGGAAAUAUGUCAAACCUUUGCCAACGGAGAAAACGAACAGUGCCGUACUUCUUUACUAGUUUUUAUUUUAUUUUUUUCUUAACUGGCGUGCCUCCCCUGGUGUUCCUUAUUUGUUCUUGAAUUACAUCAUGCAUAACGAAAGCGUGAUGUAUGAGCAGGUAUAUGUUGGAUCCAGGAUUAGAUCGGUAUGACCUGUCAUUCGUCAGCUCGUUCGUCAGUAUUAAUAAUGAUCUGCUUGAAAUUAUAGUGCCAGUGCCGUCGCAAGCACACAACUGCUUUUCCCCAUUAUUAUAUUUUACCCAUUUACUUUUUUGAUUUCGAUAUUUUUUUUUGUCCCAUAACUUUUGAAACUUUUCAUUUUUAUUUUUUUACGUGCCUAUAUUAAUAAUAUGACGCAUCCACAGAUAUUUCUGAAAAUUUUGUUUUCUCCUUUGGAAAUCCAUGUCAGUGUCAGCGUCUAAACGUAAUACAAAAUACUGGAUUGCUUC